AUGACCCCAGCUAUGCGAGAGAAGGUCAAGAGCACCGUUAUGGAGGUGGACGAGCACAUCCACACCCUAACUGAGAGUUUCAAGCCUUGUGCGCCCGAAGCUCGCCCAGGCGAUCGGCUACUGGACCGCUAUGCGGACCGUCUCCAUUUUGACGAGCGUGACCCUGCCCAGGAUAGGCGCCCAUAUCUAGACGAGCUCAUCGCAAAAGCGAGGGCCGACCCACUAACAGUACUGGCUGCAACUGAUGGCUCUGUCCCUCAGUCCAACCAGUAUCAGGCAGCUUCAGCUGCCAUCAUCUACAAGGGACACCGCGAGCUCGAAAGGACUCACUAUGUCUCUGGCAGAGUUACCGCCCCAGAUGCGGAACUCAAUGCCAUUCGUGUGCAAGCCAUGGACCCCUCCGUACACUCUGGGCAGGCUUUUAGUCUGGCAGUUUGUCGCGCACUCCAAGGGUGGUUCGAGGUGGAUGAUCUCCGCCGCAUCACCUUUGUCUACAUUCCAUCUGCUCUGCGGUGGGAUAUCCAUGGUGAGGCACACAAGUACAUCACCAAACUUAAAGUCAGGGUUGGGCGUCGCAAGACGGACAAUUCCAUAGAUGCGCUUCGCUCCCAAGCAACGCACUCAGUCCUCGACUCAUGGAGUUCCACUUUUCAGGAUCCAACUUAUUGUGGCUCUGAAUUCUUAGAGCUUCAACAGCCUGACAGGCGGCCGCUACAGCCAUCGUACCUCAAUGGGGGACCUUGGCUUUCAACAUUCGGACACAGUAUCACUGAGUUCGCUCGCGUUUGCCGGUGUAUAACUGGCCACGUGCCCAUUGGAGCAUAUUACCGUUGCUUCAAGAUUAAUGAGCCUCACAGCUGCACUUGCAGGGCUGUAUUGCAGUCUCGCCAGCACGUCCUCUUUCGCUGCCACGAUAGAUACUCUGUACACUAUCCCCGUUUUCUCGGGGAUAUUGCAUCGUUUAUGAAGUACAACCCUACGGCGUUUGGCUUCAACCGGGACCCUUUGGGGGUCGGAUGA